GAUCGCAGCGAAUCUCGAACGAAGUACGGUACCGGAAGAUUCAAAACAAAAGUGAGUUCACCUUUGGCGACAAGAUGAAGGGAUUGAUAAUUUUCCUUGUGACGUUGGUGAGUUGGACUAGUGGUACCCAUCUCCGUUUUGACAAGAAGGAGCCUUGCUACGAUCCAUCUUAUGAUGAAGGAAUCAAGGAAGUCCGGAAAACCAACGUAUCAGUUCGGGCUGUACCAAGUGCAUUUGAUUGGAGGAAUGUGAACGGCACCAACUUUGCCAGUACUACCCGCAACCAGCACAUCCCUCAAUACUGUGGGUCUUGCUGGGCAAUGGGAACAACAAGUGCUCUAGCAGAUCGUAUCAACAUCAUGCGAGGUGGGGCAUGGCCCUCUACUUACCUGUCUGUUCAGAACGUCCUGGACUGUGGUGGGGCUGGUACUUGCCACGGUGGUGGUAUGCUUGGUGUGUAUCAGUAUGCCCAUGACACCGGCAUCCCUGAUGAGACCUGUAAUAAUUACCAAGCCAAAGAUCAAGAUUGUGAUCCAUUCAAUACAUGUGGUACUUGUACAACAUUUGGUCAGUGUCACGUUCUGAAGAAUUACACACUACACAAGGUGUCAGAAUACGGCAAUGUGGCAGGGCGUGAAAAUAUGAUGUCUGAGAUCUUCAGUCGAGGACCAAUCAGCUGUGGAAUCAUGGCAACGCCUGCAUUGGAUGCUUUCCAGGGAGGAAAAAUCUAUGCUGAAUACCAUGAAAGCAGCGGGAUCAACCAUAUUGUUUCUGUAGCUGGCUGGGGAGUGGAUGACAGUGGAGUGGAAUACUGGAUUGUGAGGAAUUCCUGGGGUCAACCCUGGGCUGAACAGGGAUGGUUCCGCAUGGUGACAAGUACCUACAAGAACGGCCAAGGGAAUUACUACAACCUAGGUAUCGAGACCCAGUGUGCCUUUGCUGUCCCGAUCGUAAAUUGAGAUUAAUGUGGGUAGAGGAUCAUGGAUGUAUGGCUGGGAGAGAGCCUUUCUACCAGAACAAGCCAUCGCCAACCAUGAUCAAUGAUCACUUUGCUGGUAUAUUAAAAUAACAAUAAUAAUCAUGUUGGUGAUGAUGAUGCACGUCGUGAUAUGACAUUCCAUGCACCUUACUUGUUCAUGUAUCUCAGCAAUACAGAUCAAAAUGACCCUCGUCUGUUACGGUUUCAAUGAUUUACUUGUUAUAUAGCUUUUACCAAGGAUUUUUUUGAACAAUGUACCCAUUAAGGAAAACAAUAUUUGUCAAUGUGUAGACUUUUUAAACUACUAAGGAAAUUUAAUACAUCUACCCCAAUGCCCUACAGAAAUUGUGCUUGUAAUGAUAGUCGGUGUCUCUUUUAUGUGCAUAUUGAUGUGUGGCAACUCAAUUGUCUAUUGAACAAAAUCUUUCAUUUUUAUUAAGAUCAGAGUUGUACAAAAUUAUGAUUGACUAGAUAUUGUGUGGAAAUUAUAUGGAUAUUUUAUUAAUAAGUAUUUUUAUGCAAGCAAUAUAAUAGUUUAGUUGAAUAAUGAUUGAAAUAUAUUUAUUCUGUAUAAUUAUGUGUUGCAAAUAGAAGUGGAUAAUAAUACUUAUAGUACUUGUAGAAUUCGAACAUUUAUGCAUAUCGUAUCUUCAUCAUGAUGUUAAUAUAUUACAGAGUAGUUUUAGCACAUAUGUGCAGGUUGUUUGUCAGCAUUGACAGAGUAGUACUCCAGUUUGAGUAGUGUAGGUAACUAACAUAAAUGCACACCGUGGGUUUCAGCGGGAAUCAUGCAUAGUAUUUUCCUUGCAGUCAUCAUACUCCAAGAUCGAGACAAAAUAUUGAGAAUACAGGAAAGCCAAUUUGAAAGGCAAAGGAUGGGAUUCCUGUUGAAACGUAUGGCAAAGUCUUAUAUUCAGCUACUGUUCUUAUGAGAGUAUGAUGCACAAACUAAAACCUAAAGAAAAAAAGUGAAUAUAUGUGUUGAGUACUUUGUGCAAAAUAUUCCAGCUGUCAAUCACUACUUGAAUGUGAUUUUGCAAGUAUACUGUAUGAUAUUCAUCACACUUGCUUUAUAUCUGCAUGUAAUAGUCUUUAUGGACAAUAUAUAUUAUAAUCAAGGAACAUUCUGAAAAUAAGAAAAAAUAGGAAAAGGAGAACAAAAUUGAUUUAAUUUAUUGAGACGGGAAAAUACAACUAUAUCAUGUUAUUAUCAGAGAUCACAACAACUUUAACAUGGCUGUCAUGGCCAUAAUACCUUCAACCAUACUGAAAUAACACUUGUGUUGCUGAUAUUAGGUAGACCUGCAAGAGGUUGUCAGAGGCUUAGCUGCUGCUGUAUACUCUUUUAUUCAGAUGUUUUUGACUGUGCAAUGUUUGGCAUUAAAAAAAAAACACAUUGAGGUGCGUAACAAAAAGAUUUUAGAUCAUGAAAAUCAA